AUCUGGUCAAACCAGUGUGUAUUAUGGCCCACAACAAAGAAUGAGUACGAGUUGUGUUGACAAAGCGCAUUUAUAUUAAAUAGACGCUAUUAAAGCCUUAUAAAUAAUUCACGAAAGAAUUGAAAAUGGACAAAUCAGUCAAGAACUGGAAAGAGAAGUGCACAUUUCUUUUGGAAUUUUUGUGUGUAUACUUUGCAGCUAUGAUAGUUCUGACAAUAAUAUUGCAGCCAUUCUUGAAAUGCGAACGCUCUUCUCAUUCAACCUAUACGGUAAGAUCAACAGAAGAAUUUAGGGGGCCAUUUAUCUGAGGAAAAAUUCUUCCACAUUUCAUUUGUAUUGAUUUGAUCCGAAGGAAAAAGGACUGUUAUAAAUAUUAUGGAUAUAUGAAAGAUUCGGCGAUGCAGAGGUUUAGGAUAAGGUGCACACGGAAACACAUUGUGCUGGUCGCGAUCGUCUGCCUGGCCUUUACUGGACUAGUAAUGAAAACGCACCUUGUUCAGCGCGUCCACUGUGUUGGCGUUUUGGGUGACCGCUACAUUUCGUACGUGAAGGAAACAGAAAUCGUCUUUCCUACAGAGACAGAAUUGAUGGGAUAUGACUACAAUACUCUUGGUUGUCUGUAUGAAAUGUACACAAGAACGCUGCAGUACCAUUGCAGAAGAGUACGGAGGUUUGGAGAAAUUCCCAGAAGAGGGUGGUACUUGUGUCUGGACUUUCUGAAAACUUCACCCAUCAACUGUACCAUUGUUUCGGCAAAUCCUGCUUUCGACGAGCGUUCUUUUGUAAAACACAUUCAAAAAUACUGUGACGCAAACUACAAAAUAUUAAACAACAUAGACUUUGGUAAAACCACGUUGAUUGAAGAAAUCGACGUAGUAACAUUUUCCGUUACAAAAGCAGGUGAUUUUGAUAAGUUGAAGAAAACUUUGGAUACGUAUGAUAACAAUGUACGCCAGUUAUUACUGGAAAUUCGUCCUUGGGAUAGAUCCCUUUCCGAGGUAAGGAACCUCUUAUCCAGUCUGGAAGACCUCUCUAGGAGAGACUUUAAGCUGGUUUGGUUCGAUAUACCUUAUAACUGUGUACCUUUCUUUAAUAACCGCGAAUCAAGCUGCAUUAGUCUCAGUUAUGUGCGGGUAAAUAGUAAAUUAGGCCAAUUUCUGGUGAAAACUGACACAAGGUCCUUAGUUUUGCCAUCGCCCGAAAUCUGGAUGGAAUUUUCGCGGAUUGAAGCGGUGCGUUCAUUGUACCAUGAAUACCUCUCCACUGUCCAAUUCCACUGCAAGCACGUGGUUAGAAUGGGGAAAGUAAGUGAUGGUGGCUGGGAUGUCUGCCAUGAUUACAUGUUCAUGCGAUCACCCACGUCCCCCUGUAUAAUUUACUCUUUCGGAAUACAAAACGACUUUUCAUUUGAUAACGACAUUUCGAACACGUACGGAUGUUACGUUUUUUCGUUUGAUCCUAGCAUGGGUGUAAGCGACCACCGACAUUCAGAGAAGGUGUACUUCUAUAACAAGGGACUGUAUAACAAAGAGACAGUUGUGAAAAGGAAAAACACAUAUUGGCAUAUGGAUUCAUUGGACGGGAUUCGAAAACAACUGAAUCAUGUACAGACUCCAAUCAAAAUUCUUAAAAUGGAUAUAGAACAUUCCGAAUGGAUUUCUUUAAAGCAAAUCAUUGACACUGGCCAACUUAGAGAUGUGGAACAAUUACUUAUAGAAUUUCAUGGUAAUGGGGAUAAAGCAAAACUGAUGAUUCUAAAACGACUUUAUGAUAUAGGUUUCCGAAUAUUUUGGCACCACAAAAAUCCAUACGCUGCAUUCUAUGAUGAUCAAAUUGCAAGAAGCAGAGCGAAUGAAAUAUCUUUUAUCAAUGUUGAUUUCCUGAGACAGCAAGGGACGCUUUUAGGAUUAGACGCAUUAAUUAAUAAUUAGAUUAAUGCAAACCAUGUUUAUCUAGUCUAUCGAUAUAUUCAAAUGUAUUUUUAAACCAGAUUGAGAUCUGACAUUCUUUUUACAAUAUAUAUGGAAACACUGACACCCCUCUAUGUUCUAUUUUGGUACUUUUUAAAACUCAGUAAAUUAAUCAUUUUUAUUUACCAUUUUAUUUUCUAUUCAUAUGGAUACUCAUUAUUGUUUGAUGAAUGAAUAAAUAUUGACUGCUAUUUAAGAUUUUAUCAAACGCGUUGAGAAAAUAGUCGAAUGAAUCAUGCAGACGUUUAAUUUUGAAAUGUUGUUUUUUAUUAUCAGUACAAGAAUGCAUAGAUUAAAUGUUCCUCAGAUAUAAGUACAAUUGUGUAAACUUGUUCAACAAUAUAAACCACAGUUUGUACUGAAAGAAGGAAAGGACUAUAUAUGAUAAGGGCCUAAAAUGGCCCCCUAAAAUGAACAUCAUCAUUUUACUAUCAUUCUUUGUUUUCUUAGUACAGAUAUGUAUGUGAUGUGUUUACAUAAUAUUCAUUUUGGUUCAAGUGCCCACAAUUUAGAAAUAUGACAUUGUAAAUACAACCUUUUCCCGCCAUUUUUGCAUUUUUAGCGUAAAACAGCUUGUUUUCAAGCAGUUUUUCCUUCCGAAAACAGAGAGCGCAUUCUUGAACAAAUAAAAUAUUUUUAUCAGAGAUGUGUAUCUAGCCAAGACUAAUAAGUGACAAAAAAUUUUCCUUGUACAAGCAUGCGCUCUAUAUUUACCAUUCGUAAAUAGAUAAGAAAAAUGUCAAUUUUUGGCCGAUUUUGAUUGAAUUAUAGAAAUGGCGUCACUUCUGACGUCAUAUACUGCCAGUGAGUGCAAAUAAAUCAAAUAAAUAGAUGAAAAAUA